AUGAGCGUCGCCGAUCUUCGACGUCAAAUCACCUCGAGAUUGGAGAUGAAGACGCCAGUAUCAUCCUCUCACCCUUCGCGCACUGAGUCUACAAAUUCACCUCUUCCUGUACGACAAUUCUCCAACAGUUGUGUAAAAGUGCAUGAAGGUAUGGAUCAAGAAAAUCAAAAACCAUAUUUUGGAAGAGUCGUAGAUGGACCAAUUCCUGCGGAUAAGUACUUUCAAGGGGUAUUGCCCCCAAGUGCAAUGUACUGCUCGUCUCCUGUUCAACAACCCGCUCCUGGAGCGAAACCUCCUCCACCAGCAAAG